GCCAAGCCCCCAGCCAGCCAGUCCGGAAUGAUCCCGCCAUGGCCAAGCUCUGGUUCAAGUUCCAGCGGUACUUCCGCCGAAAACCCGUGCGUUUCUUUACCUUCCUGGUGCUCUACCUGACGGCCGGGAGCCUCGUCUUCCUUCACGCUGGCUUCGUGGGCCAGCCCGCCGUCUCCCAGAACCAGGCCAGCCCCGCCGCUGCCGGGGCCCCCGCCGAGGGCGCCGAGCUGCCCUUCCUGGAAGACUGGCACCUGGGCAGAGGCUUCAGGGACGCGGGGGAAACCUUGAGCCUCGCCCGCAGAUUCGGACACGGACCCUGGUUCAAGGGCAAAGAUGGGAUUGAGAGAACCAAGCUGGGCGACUACGGAGGUGGAGCCUGGAGCCGAGCCCUCAAGGGGAGGGCUGUCCGGGAGAAGGAGGAGGAGCGAGCCAAGUACAUCGGCUGCUACCUGGACGACACCCAGAGUCGGGCCUUGCGAGGCGUGUCCUUUUUCGACUACAAAAAGAUGACCGUCUUCCGUUGCCAGGACAACUGUGCAGAACGGGGUUACCUGUAUGCCGGGCUGGAGUUCGGCGCCGAGUGCUACUGCGGCCACAAGAUCCAGGCGGCCAACGUGAGCGAGGCCGAGUGCGACAUGGAGUGCAAGGGCGAGCGGGGCAGCCUGUGCGGCGGCGCCAACCGCCUCUCCGUCUACCGGCUGCAGCUGGCCCAGGAGUCGGCCCGCAGGUAUGGCAGCGCGGUCUUCCGAGGCUGCUUCCGCAGGCCCAGCAACCUCUCCCUGGCCCUGCCCGUGACGGCCGCCAUGCCCAACAUGUCCGUGGACAAGUGCGUGGACCUCUGCACGGAGAAGGAGUACCCGCUGGCGGCCCUUGCGGGCACCGCGUGCCACUGCGGCUUCCCCACCACGCGCUUCCCCCUGCACGAGAGGGAAGACGAGCAGCUGUGCGCCCAGAAGUGCAGUGCGGAGGAGUUUGAGAGCUGCGGGACCCCCAGCUACUUCAUCGUGUACCAGACACAGGUGCAGGACAACCGCUGCAUGGACAGAAGGUUCCUUCCAGCCAAGUCCAAGCAGCUCAUCGCUCUGGCCAGCUUCCCAGGUGCCGGCAACACAUGGGCUCGCCACCUCAUCGAGCUGGCCACCGGCUUCUACACCGGCAGCUACUACUUCGACGGUUCUCUCUACAACAAAGGGUUUAAAGGUGAGCGGGACCACUGGCGCAGCGGGAGGACCAUCUGCAUCAAGACACACGAGAGCGGCCAGAAGGAGAUCGAGGCCUUCGAUGCCGCCAUCCUGCUCAUCCGUAACCCCUACAAGGCCCUCAUGGCGGAGUUCAACCGCAAGUACGGCGGCCACAUCGGCUUCGCUGCGCAUGCGCACUGGAAGGGCAAAGAGUGGCCCGAGUUCGUGAGGAACUAUGCCCCGUGGUGGGCCACCCACACGCUGGACUGGCUCAAGUUCGGCAAGAAGGUGCUGGUGGUGCACUUCGAGGACCUGAAGCAGGACCUGUUCGUGCAGCUGGGCCGGAUGGUCCGCCUGCUGGGCGUGGCCGUCCGCGAGGACCGGCUGCUGUGCGUGGAGAGCCAGAAGGACGGCAACUUCAAGCGCUCGGGGCUGCGCAAGCUGGAGUACGACCCCUACACGGCGGACAUGCAGAAGACCAUCCAGGCCUACAUCAAGCUGGUGGACGCGGCCCUGAAGGGGCGGAACCUCACGGGCGUGCCCGACGACUACUACCCCAGAUGAUGGGCCCGCCGGGGAGGGGCCUCGAGACCCCUGGGGACCCCGCCCAUCGUCCGGCCCCGUUUUGGUCUGGGCACAGCCCCCCUCGGCUGCUGCUGGCUUUCAGUGCGUUUCCUGCGGGACACAGGAGCCUCGGGGGACAGCCACCUGUCCACAGCCCUCCACAGCCCAGGAGGCCCCUGAUGGGUCCCAGCCACACAGGCUUCUGUCUCCCACGGCCCUGCCCCCACCACUCUGGUUCUCCCCGGGGGGAGGGCGGGCUCCUGGGUGUCCCAGAGACUCGGGUGCCUCCCAUGGGUGCUGAGGACCAGGAUGCUGGGAAAAGUGACCCCUGGCGCUCGGCCCUCUGGGGCUGGGCUCUCGGCCCUUCUCUCCACCGAGCAGCAGUGAGUGGCACCGGGUUCAUCGGGCCACUCGGGGGGACGAAAGAUGGCUGGAGGUUUCUCCGUAGCGUCCAGUUUCAGACAUUCUGGCUGGGUGGGGGAGCCCCAAUGUUCGCAGGAGGUUCCUGGGCACCGCCAGGUGGGGUCCCUGCACCACGAGCCCACCCCCAGGUCACACUGCUCCUGAGGACCGCACUAAGGUCAAAUUCUGCCCUUUCCGCCCCCACUGGGCCCCGGAGGUGACCUGGGGGUCCCCGAUCCCACGUCCAGGGUUCUCCGGGCACCAACGGUUACCCCACCAGGAUGGCCGAGGGCCCACGCGGACUCUCAGUAAGAACGAGAGCCCCGUCCCAUGUCGCCACGCCGCGGGUGCGACACAUGGACCUCACACUGCCUCUGACCCCUGCCGACGGGGCCUUCGCUCUCCAGGUGAGACAGCAAGGGAUGCUCCAAAGCCGGUGGGACCAGACCCAAAGGAGACCCAGCUCCCCUCCCGGACCAUCGGCCUCCCGUGGCGCGAGGCCCCUGAGGAAUGAAACGAAUGCGACGGCUCUUCCCUUCCGCACAAACGCUGCUCCCCGAGGCUGAGUCGGCAAACCAAAGGACUCCUGGGGACCCGCGCCCCCGAUCCUCGAUCUUCGAAAGCAGGGAUCCAGGAUCCUUGGAGACCAGCGGCUUCCCCCCUGGCCCGCACCUGCGCUCCUGCACCGCCCCCACCACGUAGCUGCAAAAGCCAUAGGUCACAGCCCUUCACUGUUCUGUCCGGAGCACCCCCCUCUCCCCAGCAGCCCCCCUGAAGCCUCGGGGUGCAAGGACAGGCUCGCUCCCAAAUGGCCAGGAGACCAUGGAGAAGGCGAGCGUAAAGAGAUCUAUUUUUUUAAGAGGAAUAGGACUCGUACAUUCCGCCCCUUGGAAGCCGGACACGCAGAGCGAAGGGGCCAGGGGAUCAGACCUGGGAUUCUCACCCUGAACCCUCCCCUGUCGGCUGUGGGCGACCCCAGGGCCCAGCCAGGGGCUCGGAAUGUGUUUUGUACCGCGUUUCUUUCCCCCGGGCUCAUUUCUAGUCUUCGGGGAAGCCCCACACACACCCCACCCCCCGGCUCCCACCCACAGGCCAGCGCUCUCCGGGAGCCUCUGGGCCCACGGCCUGGGCCAGCUCUCUGCCCGCGGUCACCUCAGGCCACAGGCCUCUCUGUCUGAAGAUUCCUCAGGUCAACACCGUCAUUAAAAGUGAGUUUUGUUGAG